AUGUGGGUGAUGGAGAAUAGCCUGUCGAUCAAGUACCCAGUACUCAUCCAGCGGUCUGCGCGGGAGUGCAGGUGUGGCCCCCGAGACAGCAUCUCCGUUAUUGGCUGCAUUCCCUAUACUGAGCCUUGCCGCCCAACGCGCAGAGCUGGUUCUUGUCCCUGCCAGUUCGUCUCGACAAUUCCCCGGGGCACACACCCCUCGGCGGCAACCGCUGAGUCUGUUCGCAGUCUAUACAUAGUACACAGCACGGAGCCUGUGAUAAUGAUAGGCCUGUCACCUGGGCGGCAAGUCCGCGGGUGGGCAAGUUAG